AUGUUCUUUCGGCGACAGGAUAGCGAGGCGCCGCCUGAGAUUUUGAACUGGCGACUCUGGUAUGGCGUCUUCGUCUUCGGUCUUAUGGGCGCCGCUAGAGGUCUGGAUGAAGGCCUGAUCGGAACAACCGCCUCGCAGAAAAGCUUCAUUGCACUGUUUGGCUUGAAGGAUCCAUCCAAAAGCGAGACCGAACAAGCAGAUCUCCUCUCGAACAUUACUUCCAUGGUACAGCUGGGUUCGAUCGGAGGAGCACUCUUUGCCUUCUUCAUAACGGACAAAAUAGGAAGACUGUGGGCGACCAGACAGCUUUGCGUGGUAUGGAUCCUUGGAGUUGCCAUCUUCCUCGCGGCAGCUUCGAAUGGCAGCAUUGGUAUGGUAUACGCGGGUCGCUUCAUCAUGGGUCUCGGGAUAGGACAAACAACAGUCGUGGCACCCUCGUACCUGGCGGAGAUCGCUCCAAAGUUCACCCGUGGCCUCUGCGUUUGCAUGUUCUCAGGCUCGGUCUAUCUGUCUAUCUUGCUCGGGUACUUCGCAAGCUGGGGCAGCAGCAUUCACAUCUCGAACUCAUCGCAGCUGCAGUGGGUUGUUCCCAAUUUGCUGCAUGUUUACUUCGCCUUCAUCAUCGCAGCGACGAGCUUCUUCGCCAUCGAGAGCCCCCGCUGGCUGUGCAAGGUUGGCAAGCAAGAGCAGGCAGCAAAUAACUUGUCGCAACUCCGCAACUUACCAGUAGAACACUGGUAUGUCCAGUCUGAGCUUCUCGAUAUUACCGAUCAGCUUGAGAGGGAACGCGAAGCUACGUUGGGUGCACAAUGGACAGGUGUGCUGAAGGAGCUCGUUAUGGCGCCGGCAAACCGAUACCGUCUCAUGCUGUCCGUCAUGUCGCAGCUACUGGGUCAAUGGAGCGGAGCGAACAGCAUCACCAUAUACGCUCCCGAAUACUUCGCCAUGGUUGGACAGAGCGGCCAGAACGAAAAGUUAUUCGCUACAGCUAUCUUCGGCGUGGUCAAGUUCGUAUCUGCGCUGAUCUGCGCCCUCUUCCUCAUCGACUUCGUGGGCCGAAAACGAUCGUUGAUGACUGGCAUCACCCUUCAGUUUCUCGCAAUGUUGUACAUGGCGAUUUUCCUGCUUAUCGAUACUGGAGUAGACGAUCCUGGAUCACAAACGUCGAGCGAGAAGAGCGCCGCUACUGGAGCCAUCGUCAUGAUCUACCUGAGUGGCUUUGGAUGGGCUAUGGGUUGGAACAGCAUACAGUAUCUGAUCAACUCCGAGAUAUAUCCUCUACGGCUACGUGCGAUUGGUGGCUCGAUUGCGAUGACGAUCCAUUAUGUGAAUCAGUAUGGCAAUAGCAAGGCCGUGCCCGAGAUGUUCAUUGGUAUGACCACGGGAGGGACCAUGAUGUUCUUUUCAUGCGUGACUCUGAUCGGCGGUGUUUGGGCAUGGUUCUUUUUGCCAGAGCUCAGCGGAAAGAGCCUUGAGUCCGUGGAUGCAGUAUUCGAGCUGCCGUGGUACCUGAUCGGCCGCAAGGGCAAGGACCUCACUGUCGGCAUAGGAGGUGCUGUUGAGCAGGGCGAAAUGAAGGAGAAGAUGGAGACGAUUGAGAAUGUUAGGGAGGUAGAGCAGAGAGCGUGA